CGAAUUGGGAAUCUGCCAUCGCCGCUAACCCUAUCUGCCAUUGCCGCCAUCUCUCCUCGCCAAAGAAUGCUCCGGUCCAGUGGUAAUCGUCGCCCUCGCCAACGAAAAAUUGAUCCCCAGACGAGCUCGCCAGCGAAAGUACGGAGCCUCUCUUUCAAGCCCUCGCUGUCGAUUAGCUUUCCCUUCAAGCCCUCGGCUUCAGCAUCUUCUUCAACCCCUCGCCGUCGAUUAGAUUUCCCUUCAAGCCCUCGGCUUCAGCAUCUUCUUCCACCCCUCGCCGUCAGCAUCUUCUUCAAUUCAAGGCUCAUAAAUGUAAGGCGAUUGGAUACGACACAAAUUCAAUUAUGGAGUUAUCAAUUAGACAAAAUUUGUGCUGAUAUGAAGACUAAUGGGAUGCCUUGACAGAGAUGAUUUGAAGAAAAGUUUGUGCUGAUAACUUUCUUGAAUUGAUUUUAUUCCCUUUAUACCAAUGAGGAAGAGAUUGUAGCUCUUUCAUUU